GCUCUCACAAAUUGACACUUCUGACACUGCAGAAAAGCGAAAAUAUAAACAAUAAAAUUCCUAAAGAAAAACUCGCAGAAAAAAAAAAACGAAAAAUGUGCAUUUCUAAUGAGAAUAAAUGUGGUUUUAGCAAACAAUUUGCAACAUUAAUCAAUGGACAACAAACGGAAUUUGUUUUUCAACCAUUUGCCAACAAAUGGUUUCUAUUAAUCACUCAAUAUGGAAAAGUGCCAAAUCUAUAUAGUGUUAAAUUUGAUUUGCAGCGCAAUGAAGGUGUACCCGCUGCCAUACAGGGUCCCGUUGAACAUCCACAAUUUCAUAUGUCUGUACCCAUAACAAUAACAUGUAACUUUGGUGCCGAUAAAGAUGAAAUACGUAGUGGCAUACAAUACUUGGUUAAUAAGUCAAAACUGAACAGAUGUCCUACCGAGUUUGUCAUAGGUCUUGGUUUGAAAGAAAUGGAUGGCAAAAAUCUUAAAGCUGUGGCACAAGUUUUGGAUGAAAUAAUUGCGUGAUAACUUAAAAAACACUUAAAACUGUAAUUUUUUUUAGAAAAAAUGUUACUUUUUUAUUAUUUUAAAAUAAAUUUGUACAUUAAAACGUGUACAAAACACUUAAAA